AUGACGAGCAGUAGGCAAAAGAAAAUAUUCAUUGAGAAAAAAGUUGCACCUGUGCUUCAGAUUGUGCUUGCCAUCCAAUCUGCUAAACCGUUGCUGCGUGCAAGUGAUGCUGACAAAGUCGACGCGUUUGCAUCAUUAACCUCGCUUCUUCAAGACCCAGAACUAAACGGUCACAAAGACGUCCAAGACGCCAUAAAACAACUUACUAGUUUGCUCAAUACUGGUCUAGCGGUUAUUGAAGAAAAAGAAUUGGAA